GCGUCGCGUCCGCGGCUGGCGCGGUCGUGGCGGUAGCUGCUGGGGCGGCGGCGGCAGCUGGAGCCCGCGUCCUCGGGCCAGCCGUGGGGGAUGGGGGCGGCGAGCUCCAGCCGGCAGAGGGGGCGGCGGCCGUGAGUGUGGGUCUGGCGUCGGGGACGCGGGAUGGAGCCCCACGGAUUUCAGUUUUUCUGACUGUUAAAUGAGAGGAUGAUUGCUCACAAACAGAAAAAGGCAAAGAAAAAACGUGUUUGGGCACCAGGCCAACUCUCUGCUGCUAUUACAACUUCUGAAAUGGGGCUCAAGUCCGUAAGUUCCAACUCCAUUUUUGAUCCGGAAUACAUCAAGGAGCUGGUGAAUGAUAUCAGGAAGUUCUCCCAUAUGUUACUAUAUUUGAAAGAAGCUAUUCUUUCAGACUGUUUUAAAGAAGUCAUUCAUAUACGUCUGGAUGAACUUCUCCGUGUUUUAAAAUCCAUAAUGAAUAAGCAUCAGAACCUCAAUUCUGUAGAUCUUCAUAAUGCUGCAGAAAUGCUUACUGCAAAAGUAAAAGCUGUGAACUUUACAGAAGUUAAUGAAGAAAACAAAAACUAUCUAUUUCAAGAAGUGUUUUCCUCCAUUGAAACCUUGGCAUUUACCUUUGGAAAUAUCCUCACAAACUUCCUUAUGGGAGAUGUGGGCAAUGAUUCAGUACUGCGACUGCCUGUUUCUCGAGGAAGUAAGUCUUUUGAAAACAUUUCUGUGGACUCGGUGGACUCACCCAGUGAAAAAGGAAAUUUCUCCCCUAUAGAACUAGACAACUUGCUGUUAAAGAACACUGACUCUAUAGAAUUGGCUUUGUCAUAUGCUAAAACGUGGGCAAAAUAUACCAAGAACAUAGUGUCGUGGGUUGAAAAGAAGCUCAACUUGGAAUUGGAGUCCACUAGAAAUAUUGUAAAAUUGGCAGAGGCAACUAGAUCUAGCAUUGGAAUACAAGAGUUUAUGCCUCUGCAGUCCCUCUUUACCAAUGCUCUGCUUAACGACAUACACAGCAGCAACCUUUUACAACAAACCAUUGCAGCUCUCCAAGCCAACAAAUUUGUGCAGCCUCUACUUGGGAGGAAGAAUGAAAUGGAAAAACAAAGAAAAGAAAUAAAAGAGCUUUGGAAGCAGCAACAGAAUAAACUGCUCGAAACAGAGACAGCUCUCAAAAAGGCAAAAUUGCUAUGCAUGCAACGGCAAGAUGAAUACGAAAAGGCAAAAUCUUCCAUGUUUCGUGUGGAAGAGGAGCAGCUAAGCUCAAGUGCUGGAUUAGCGAAAAAUCUCAACAAACAACUAGAAAAAAAGCGGAGACUAGAAGAAGAGGCUCUACAAAAGGUAGAAGAAGCAAAUGAGCACUACAAAGUCUGUGUGACCAAUGUUGAAGAAAGACGGAAUGACCUAGAAAAUACCAAGAGAGACAUUUUAACACAGCUUCGGACACUUGUUUUCCAGUGUGACCUUACACUUAAAGCUGUAACAGUUAACCUCUUCCAUAUGCAGCAGCUGCAGGCUGCAUCCCUUGCCAACAGCUUGCAGUCUCUCUGUGAUAGUGCCAAACUCUAUGAUCCAGGUCAGGAGUACAGUGAGUUUGUGAAGGCUACAAGCUCAAGUGAAUUAGAAGAAAAGAUUGAUGGGAAUGUAAAUAAAAAGAUAGCCAGUAGUCCCCAGACAUCUGGAUAUGGACCUGCUGACUCUUUAGAGGACGUUGCCCGCCUCCCUGACAGUUGCAGUAAACUCGAAGAGGACAGGUGCUCUAACAGUGCAGACAUGACAGGUCCUUCUUUGAUAAGAUCAUGGAAGUUCGGAAUGUUUAGUGACUCUGAGAGUACUGGAGGAAGCAGUGAAUCUAGAUCUCUGGAUUCCGAAUCUAUAAGUCCAGGAGACUUUCAUCGGAAACUUCCACGAACUCCGUCCAGUGGCACCAUGUCUUCUGCUGAUGAUCUGGAUGAACGGGAGCCACCGUCCCCUUCAGAAGCUGGACCCAAUUCCCUUGGUGCAUUUAAGAAAACACUGAUGUCAAAAGCAGCUCUCACUCACAAGUUUCGCAAGUUGAGAUCCCCCACAAAAUGUAGGGAUUGUGAAGGCAUCGUAAUGUUCCCAGGCGUUGAAUGUGAAGAGUGUCUCCUCGUUUGUCAUCGGAAGUGUUUGGAGAACUUAGUCAUUAUUUGUGGUCAUCAGAAACUUCAGGGGAAAAUGCACAUAUUUGGAGCAGAAUUUAUACAAGUUGCAAAAAAAGAACCAGAUGGCAUCCCUUUUGUACUAAAAAUAUGUGCCUCAGAAAUUGAAAAUAGAGCCUUGUGUCUCCAGGGAAUUUACCGUGUUUGCGGAAACAAAAUAAAAACUGAGAAACUGUGCCAAGCUUUGGAAAAUGGAAUGCACUUAGUAGACAUUUCAGAAUUCAGUUCACAUGACAUCUGCGAUGUCCUGAAAUUAUACCUACGACAGCUUCCAGAACCAUUUAUUUUAUUCAGAUUAUACAAGGAGUUUAUAGACCUGGCAAAAGAGAUACAACAUGUAAAUGAAGAACAAGAAGCAAAAAAGGAGAGCCCUGAAGACAGAAAACACCCACAUGUGUGCAUAGAAAUCAACCGAAUCCUUCUGAGGAGCAAAGACCUACUGAGGCAGUUGCCGGCAUCGAAUUUUAAUAGUCUUCAUUACCUCAUAGUACAUCUGAGGCGGGUGGUAGAUCAUGCCGAAGAAAACAAGAUGAAUUCUAAGAACUUGGGGGUGAUAUUUGGACCAAGUCUCAUUAGGCCAAGGCCCACAACUGCCCCUGUCACCAUCUCGUCACUUGCUGAGUAUUCUAACCAGGCACGAUUAGUGGAGUUCCUCAUUACUUACUCGCAGAAGAUCUUUGAUGGGUCCCUCCAGCCCCAAGAUGUUAUAUCGAGUGCAGGUGCUGUUGCGCCUCAGGUUGAUCAAGGGUAUCUUCCAAGACCUCUGUUAUCGCCAGAUGAGAGAGACUCAGAUCAUUCUAUGAAACCACUAUUCUUUUCUUCAAAGGAAGAUUUCCAUACUGCAGAUUGUGAGAGCAAAACUUUUGAAUUAGCUAUAUCAUUUGAAGAAUCAGAACGCAAACAAAAUGCAUUGGGAAAAUGUGAUGCUUCUCUCAUUGACAACCAAGUGCAUUUGCUUUUUGACCCAGAGCUUGAGUCAGCAUCACAGAAGAUGGAAGAGGUUUGUAAAAGCCCCAAGCUACUUCUGCUGAAAUCUGAUAGGGCAGCAAACAGUGUGCAGAGACAUACUCCAAGGACCAAGAUGAGGCCUGUGAGUUUGCCUGUAGAUCGGCUGCUGCUGCUUGCAAGUUCUCCUCCUGAGAGGAGCAGCAGGAACAUAGGAAAUGGAGAGUCAGACAAGGUUGGCAAGAGUCUUGCUGCUGAAGGUCUUCAUAGAAAAGACAACUCAAAUGCUACUUGUUCCAAAGUGAAUGGCUUCGACCAGCAAAGUCUCCAGAAAUCCUGGGAUAAACAAUAUGAACGCAACAGUUUUACUGCCAAGACUCCAUUGGUUGUGCCCAGUGCACACCCUGAGAAAGGAUUGACUGCAAACAUUGGGAAUAGCGAGGACCAUUCCAGUGGUGGCACCCAGGCCAGUAAACCACACGCAGAGCCAGCCAGGUCAGCAAGAGACACAUCAGAGCGGAGGUCCUCUGAUUCCUGUCCUGUGGCUGCUGUCAGGGCACCCAGAACAUUGCAGCCCCAGCACUGGACAACGUUUUACAAACCACCUAAUCCCAGCUUCAGUGUCAGGGGGCCUGAGGAGAAGGCAGCAUUGCCCACGGCAGCUGGGCCUCCUGCCCCGGGGCAUGCUCCCCAGAGUCCUGUGGCCAAAUCAGACCCAGACUUGAGUGCCACAUCAGCCUGUCCUGUGCAGCCAAGUGGUCAACCUAAAGAGAACUCUGAGGAGCCUGGCCUGCUUGAGGGGACCCCGACCUGCCAGAGACCACGGCUAAAACGAAUGCAGCAGUUUGAAGACCUUGAGGAUGAGGUCCCGCAGUUUGUGUAGGGUUGUCAGAUUCCUUUUUCUGUUCGUUGUUUGUGAGAGGAAUGUUUGGACAGGGCCCUUUGUAUAGGAUUGCCAAAGCUGUUUGUCAUUGUGUUGUUUGUUGAUCAUGUGGGACGGAGAGAGUCCUGACAAGGCCGUGUUUCUGCCUCACUGGAAUGAUCUUUGAAGUUGUAAAGAAAAUGCGUGGAUUUGUGUUUUUUAAGAGUUGAUUUUCCUCAUAAAAUGAUCCAUUUAAAUUCAUCCUUAAUAUAUGAUAGUUUUUAGCAGGAGGUGCAGUUGGGGAAAAUGAGCUUUAUUGUGCAGAGUGAGAUCAAGUGCAUAUUUAUAAAGUAUUUCUGAACGCUAGUUCCUGGAAGAUGUCAUGGGCUGUGAUUCCCACAGUUUCAUGGGGCAUCUUCAACCAUUUGUGCUUCUGUAGUUGUAUGUAUGUGAGCUUUUAUUUUUCCAUUGGAAAUUCACUUUUUAAUAUUUACAUAAUGGCCAAAGGUUUGCCAAUCUGUAUUUAAUUAUAUUUUAAUUGCCAAUUUUUACAUGUGGUGGUUUAAUUGUACCCAAAAAAUGCACUUAAACCUGAACUGUGUAGUUCCGUUACCUUUUAUUUGGCUUUAGAUGUUUUUAAUACAUUUGUAGGGGCUUGAGGGGCUUGUUUUAUCUUAGUUUUAUCUAUAUAAACUUUUGUUUUUGAACAGUUCUAACUUUUAAAUAUUUUAUAUAGUGGUCCAGAAAAGACACUAUUUUCAGAAGUUUUAAAAUUCAAUACAUUUCCUCUUUUUAUUACCCGGGUUUUGUUUAAACUGUUCCUUUUAUAAGAAAUGUUUUGACUUAUGAAUCAUUUUAUAUACUUUUUCUACCUGACUUUCAACCAUUGAAAAUGUAUAGUUAUUCAAAUGAGUGAAGAUUUAUUUAAGUUGAUCCCAAGAGUUUAGAAAUUUGAGAGGUGUAGAUGAUCAGAUCUGUUUCUUAAGAAAAAACAACCUAGUUUUCAGAACUUGUGCAUUCCUGAUACUCUCUCUGUCAUUGUUUUGUCUAAAAUAGGAUGUAAAAGGGACAACAAAUACAGUAGCCUUUUGUAUGUGUGAAUUAUAUUAUGCUUUUGUAUGACCUGUGUAUUUGAUAAAUACAUGUACAUAUCCACUUGUUAAAUUA